UAUUUGACGAUGUUUGACAAUACACGUGCGUGAUGUGUGCCAAAUGAAAUGAUACUUGUUAUAAAACUGAAAAACCUGUAACUCUGAAAAUCGAAUAAUAUUUUCAACAUUAUCCAACACUUAAACUGUAAAUAUAUUGUGAUUUACUUGUGAAACCUGUCAACGAAAGCACGUGCAAGCUUUAGGAUGAAAGACACAGAUAUUAUAGGGUUCGCCAACCCCAAUCUAGCGAACGAAAAUGAUGAAGAGGAUGAAAUCACAAAAAUUAAGAAGAAAGUAUGUAAAAAGUCGGGAGGAUUUCAGUCCAUGGCCCUUAGUUUUCCAGUGUUAAAAGGAAUAUUGAAACGUGGAUAUAAAAUACCAACACCUAUCCAACGAAAGACUAUUCCUUUGGCUUUGGAAGGUCGUGAUGUAGUAGCUAUGGCAAGAACAGGUAGUGGAAAGACUGCUUGCUUCUUAAUUCCUUUGUUUGAAAAAUUAAAAGCAAGACAAGCAAAAGCUGGUGCAAGAGCUUUAAUCUUAUCACCUACUCGUGAGCUAGCAUUACAAACAUUAAAAUUCAUAAAGGAAAUAGGAAAAUUCACUGGCUUAAAAGCAUCUGUUAUUUUGGGAGGUGAUAGUAUGGAAAAUCAGUUUACUGCAAUUCAUGGAAGUCCUGAUAUAUUGGUUGCAACACCAGGAAGAUUUCUACACAUAUGUAUCGAGAUGGAUUUGCAGUUGAAUAGCAUUGAAUACGUUGUUUUUGAUGAAGCUGAUAGGUUAUUUGAGAUGGGUUUUGGAGAACAAAUUAAUGAAAUUACAAACAGAUUACCAGAGUCCAGGCAAACAUUACUAUUUUCUGCAACACUACCUAAAGUUCUGGUUGAUUUUGCAAAGGCAGGAUUAAGUGAUCCUGUUUUAUUGCGUUUAGAUGUAGAAAGCAAAAUACCUGAACAAUUAGCACUUUCAUUUAUAGUAUGCCGGCCAGAAGAAAAACUAGCUGUACUAUUAUGUUUAUUAAAGAGCGUUAUUAAAAGUGAUUCCCAAAUAGUAAUAUUUGCUGCAACACAGCAUCAUGUAGAAUAUAUUCAUCAGGUGUUAGAUAAGGCAGGAAUUUCUAACACAUUCAUUUAUUCAAACUUGGACCCAUCGGCUAGAAAAAUUAAUGCAGCCAAAUUUCAAAAUAACAAAGUUAGGGCACUCGUAGUAACAGAUGUUGCUGCUCGAGGUUUAGAUAUUCCACAUUUGGAUAAUGUGAUAAAUUUCAAUUUUCCUGCCAAAUCAAAACUUUUUGUACAUAGAGUAGGUCGUUGUGCAAGAGCUGGUCGAUCUGGAACUGCAUACAAUAUUAUAAGCCCAGAUGAACAUGCUUACCUUGUUGAUUUACAUCUUUUCCUUGGUCGUCCCUUGUUCAUUAUUACACCCUCUGGAUCUAUGGAGAAUACAGAGGGUGCUAUAGGUAAAAUGCCACAAGAAAUGAUAGAAGAAGAACUUGCUCAAUUAAUAAAUUGGCAGAACAGUUCCACAGAUUUACAAAAUAUGGAAACAGUUUGUGACAAUGCAUAUAAACAGUAUAUUAGAUCUCGACCGGCAGCAUCUUCUGAAAGUAUUAAGAGAGUGAAGGAAUUGCAUAUUGGUGAAGCAGGUGUUAUACCAGAAUAUUCUGAUGUUUCUUCUAACACAAGAAAUUUAUUAUCAAAGAUGCUGAGUUAUAGACCACAGGGAACAAUAUUCGAAAUCGGAGCGAAAGCAUCUUCAACUGACUAUCAAGUGAUGAAAACUAAACGAUCGCUUCAUAAGCAAAGUAUUGUGAAUUUUCAUAGAAAAGCAGAGGAACUAGAAGCUAAAAAGAAAUUAGGAGAACAGUCCAAAACGGUGAAUCUCCCAUCGAGUACAAAUGACGAGAUUAACUCAGCAUUUAACACAGUUAUUUUGCCAAAGAAAAGAAAUGUUGACGACUUGUAUAAACCUUCUAAAAAGAAAAAACGAUCUACAACAAAGGAUGAAGAGUUCUUUAUUCCCUAUGCUGCCCCAGAUAGACACACAGAAGAAGGAUUAGCAGUCAACUCAUUCAAUACUGAAGCAGACAAAGUUCAGAUGGAUCUAACCGCAGAUAAUGAGGAAUCGCAGCGUCUUCAGACACAAAUUAAGAAGUGGGAUAGGAAAAAGAAGAAAAUGGUCACAAUUAAUAACGACCGAAAGAUCAACAAAAUACGAACAGAAUCAGGCGUUUGGAUUCCGGCUAGUUAUAAAACGAAUCGUUAUUCAGCCUGGAAAGAGAAAAGUAAAGUUGAUGCCGCAAAUGACGACGAUAGCGACGAAGAAGAGCCUGCACAAAUGCAAAAACUGCUAACGACCGCUAAUACGCAUUGGGCACGUCAUAAUAAAAAACUGAAGGAGAAGAUUCAGUCAAACAAAGAACUGAAACGACCAGAGCAAAUUCUAAAGGCACGCAAAUUGCUGGAACGAAAGCGUAACAGAAACGGCAAAAAGAACCGCAAGGGUCAGAAGAACAGGGGGAAAAAACGAUAA